AUGUGUUUCAAUGGCCAGGCUAGUGUUAAGGUUGGGUGUUGGGUAGAAAAGAUUUACAUCAAUGCCCAUCCGCUAAGGUAUCGGCUGUUCCCCUUCUUGACCUCUUGGGUGGUAGGUCGGAAACGGCGACCUAUUCCACUGAGCUCUGAAGAAUUGUGUCAGGGGGAUCAAAACGCAGGGGACAAAGUGUGUGGUGAGCAUGGUCCAGCGGGAGCCACGACUGGCGUGAUUGCCAAGGUUCUGGUAAAUCCUCUUCACCUUGGCGUCACAAGGAAGCUGGUAGCGGGGGAAAGGGCCCAGAAACCACAGCUGGACAACUUCCACCCUUUUCCGAUACCCAACAACAUCGGCUGUACCAACGGCCUUCCUCUCGCCAAUCACAGCGGGACAACGACCACCCUUCUCACACCCAACAACAAUGGCUCUACCAACAGCGUCCCACUCGCAAAUCACAGCGGGACAAUGACCACCCCCUUCCGAUACCCAACAACAACGGCUCUACCAACAGCGUCUUUCUUGCAAGGAACCAAUCAGUAUCAACUUGCAACCAUAAUGCCUGCGACGCGUGGCAAAGUGGUGGACUACAGGGGGAUGGAUCCUUUUCCGUACCUCGGGCGACACUAUUAUACGCCAAGGCGCAUUCGAGAGCGUAACCGGGCGUCAGGGCGAGUUCGGCCCCCACAAAUCGCCAACGCAACGGCUCUGCCCACCCAACACGCCCUCCCUCUGCCCAUCCAACACGCCCUCGCUCACGACGACGAUGGGCUGGACGGGAUGGACGUCUGCGAUGGGAACGAUAUUCACAUCGAGAAUGAUGAGGAUAUCAACACUAGCAAGAGCGAUGAUGACGAUGGGCUGGAGAUCAUCGAAGAACAAGACGCAGACGGACAAACUGUCUGCCGCACAAGCGUGACAACGGAGGUGCUUACUCCCGAACCGGUAGACAACACACGGGCUAUAAUCCAACAGCACCAUAUGCAACAAGGGGAUGUCAGCCCUAUCUCAUACUCCAGUGUGCGGCCCGUCUCGCAAGUUGCGCCAGAAUUAGACGCAACAAUGUCCCAGAGUAUUAUUGUGGCCAUCGAAGAAGGUCGCGAACCAGCCAGUGGCUAUUUUGCCAACGCAGCCCGCAAAGCAUGGGAUGUCAUGUCCUCAACAGCAGGCAUCAUCUCUCGCCAUCCAUCAGGACAGCCGAAGACACCAGAUGAUAUCGCCGCAGGUCUGCGCGAAUAUUGCCGAGGAGCGGGGGCCAUCAUGACGCUGGAUACCACUGCACACUUGCUCAUCUCGGGUCUGGACCAGUAUACGGGCACCGAUCAGGAGAGUUAUUUAAGGGUUUCAAUCACCGGGGUAUCAACCCCAACGGCUGACCCCCCGACAGUGGCCGAGAAGAAUCUUAUGCUCUCGAUGAAAAUGUUCGCGACGGCGCAAGCCAGCAGGCGGGUCGCUCUCCUUAACGUGUUCAUCAGUUGGACGGAGUUCAAGAGCGGCCUUGUAGAGCUAUACGAGCAAAUCAACAGUCGUCCCCCCAAGAAGAAUGAGGCGUCGGAUUGGCUCAAACUGUACCUCAGAGGGAGACCUGAGCUUUUAUACGCGCUUGCGGAGCAUGCCAGCCUGACGGACAGGCUCCCACAAAGGCCCCCACCCCCACAACACCUUCCGCUACUGACGCCUUUCACGCCCUCCAUCUCCUCUCAUGGGGAUAUCAACCCCGACUGGCCCUCCAUCUCCCUGGCUGCGGAAAGAAGAGUCGAUGAGGUCAUACAGGAUGUCGUCAAGAACAUGACCGACCUUGCACGGAAGGGCAGUCACUACGCCUUUUUGAUGGCGUUGCUGCCCGGUGUUAUCGCCGUACCUCCAACCUUCUUGCCUCUGGAGAUUGAGACGAUCCCGGCGCGUAACCUGCAUAUCAUCACGACCGAGUUGACCAAGGUGCGGGGCCGUAUUACGGACUUCCCGGCGGCAGACGCAAAUGCAUUGCUUCGCAUUAACAAGGCUCUCAGCAAUUCGAAUUUUUACGAUAGCGUCAAGCGACAUAGCAGCGCUAAGUAG